AUGGGCGUCUUUGGACAGGAACAGAUCGCGCGGAGCGAAUCCAACACCAUGACCAUCGGAGGCACCGUCUCCGCGACCGCCAUCCUCCUCGCGAUUGUUUCAGCGACCGGCAUCUUUACCUGGCAGCAGAUGGUCACUGGUGGUCCACUCACCAAGUUCAUCUGGCCCGUCAUGAUCGGUUCAUUCAUUGGCGGCAUUGGUGUUUCGCUCAUGAUCUACACAAAGCCGAAGAUGGCGCGAGUGAUCGCUCCGAUCCAUGCCAUACUACAAGGCGUGUUUGUCGGAGCAUUGAGCUACAUCAUCCCAACGCAGUUCUUGGGGAAUGCCGCGGACCCAAACACGGGCAACGCGAUGCAAACACUGAUCGUGCAAGCGAUUCUCGCGACCUUCGGCAUCGCGGGCGGGAUGCUCCUUGGAUACGCAACAGGGAUUAUCCGAGUUGGACCAGUCUUUCAGAAAGUCAUGAUCACCGCUGCUAUUGGCGUUAUUCUGUACAUCAUCGCACUGUUCUUGCUCCCGUUUAUCGGCAUCAAUAUCUGGAACGGAUAUGCAGACACAGGCAUGAUGGGCAUCGGAUUCACAGGAAUCUGCGUCGCCCUCGCAUCGCUGUUCCUCGUACUGGACUUCCAGUACAUCGAACAAGGCGUCAAGACAGGUCAACCCAAGUACAUGGAAUGGGUCGGCGCGUGGGGACUCAUGGUCACCCUCGUCUGGCUCUACAUCGAGAUCCUGCGACUGCUCUCCAAGCUCCAGUCGCGCGACUGA